GUGGCGGCUCUGGCGCUGGACGUGGACCCCACUCCAUAAUUGUCUCAGUCCACCUCCUUAGUGUCCCUUGAGUAGCAACCCUCGCCGCUAACAUUGGACCAGGAAAUCUAACAACGGGCCCGAGGGGCAGUUUUGAAUUUGAGAAGAGUCUGGGCGAGCUGGUGAGGUAAUACAAGCACCUCCGCAACCUUUCCAUGUCGUUGUCUUUCGGAAAACACACACAAGAAGCGGAAGAAGCGACAUUUGAACACUGAUACCAAUAUCAAAGAAACAUUGGACUCGGUAUGUUCGCAAUCUGAAUAGACUAAAGGAGAAGAGGAGUGGGGAAGCCACUGGUGUGUGAGUCCCGCCAGUCGUCCGACGACUGGUUUGGCUUCGUGUUUACGUAAAACGUCGCCAGAUACGAAAAAUGAUCCAUGGCCCAAAGCCUCCAGUGAUGAUCCAUGGCCCAAAGCCUCCAGUGAUGAUCCAUGGACCGGAGCCUCCAGUGAUGAUCCAUGGCCCGGAGCCUCCAGUGAUGAUCCAUGGCACGAAGCCUCCAGUGAUGAUCCAUGGCACGAAGCCUCCAGUGAUGAUCCAUGGCCCGGAGCCUCCAGUGAUGAUCCAUGGCCCAGAGCCUCCAGAGACGAUCCAAGGUCCAGAGUCUCCAGCGACAGUCUGCAGUCCAGAGUCUCCAGUGACAUUCGGCAGUCCAGAGCCUCUGGCGAUGGUCUGCGGUCCAGAGCUUCCGGCGAUGGUGUGCGAUCCAGAGCCCCCGGCGACGGUCUGCGGUCCAGAGCUUCCGGCGAUGGUGUGCGGUCCAGAGCCUCCGGCGACGGUCUGCGGUCCAGAGCCUCCGGCGAUAGUUUGCGGUCUAGAGCCUCCGGCGACGGUCCAGUUCCUCUGGCAACAGUCCAUGGUCCGGUCCACAGAAGCGGAGGGAUCAGCGAGCGGAGCGGGGUCUACGCCACUGAGGCUCGAUGCCCUCCGGACCCUCCCCCAUAGAGUCAAGUUUUGCAGCCAGAGUCCUCACAUUUGGGGGGGGGGGUACUGUCACGCCCUGACCUUGGAGAGACUUUUUAUUUCUCUAUUUGGUUAGGUC